CAUCGCAAAUCAUAUUCUGCCGACAUUGCCCUGUGAAUGUAUUAUUUAUGACUCCAUAGACAGAUACAGACCACAAGCAAACUCAUUGCUGCUUUCACGGCUCAAAUUCAUAUUAAAACGAUGAAAUUUUUAAUCAUUUCAUUCAGUUUUUACUUUGCCUGCACCAUAAGUGCACUGUGACGCUCUCUACGAGACAAAAGUUGAAGAAAACUUCGAAAAACAUGACUCUGACUAAAGUAAGCUUCUGCGCGCUAUUGAUUCUCUUCGCAUCGAGCCAUACGGCAAACGCGCAAUGGAAUCCCAAUUAUGCAUCGGGAAGGACGACUAUGGUGCACCUUUUCGAGUGGAAGUGGGAUGAUAUUGCCGUGGAAUGUGAAAAUUUCCUCGGCCCCAAAGGUUAUGCUGGUGUACAAGUCUCCCCAGUGAAUGAGAACGUUGUUGCAGAAAGUCGCCCAUGGUGGGAACGUUACCAACCUAUAUCCUACCUACUGACCACGCGUUCGGGUAAUGAACAACAGUUCGCCAAUAUGGUGAGACGAUGCAACAACGCCGGCGUCCGUAUCUAUGUAGAUGUGGUGUUUAACCAUAUGGCGGCCGGAUAUUCCGAUGUAGUUGGCACUGGUGGUUCAACCGCUAACCCCGGCAGCAAGAGUUACCCAGCUGUACCGUAUUCAAGCCUUGAUUUUCAUGCCUCAUGCACGAUCAGCAGCUACAAUGUUGCAAAUCAAGUUCGUAACUGUGAAUUGUCUGGUCUGCGGGAUCUUGAUCAGAGCAACUCCUAUGUGCAGGACCGCAUACUCGAUUUCCUGAAUAAACUUAUUAGUUUGGGUAUUGCUGGUUUCCGUGUGGAUGCUGCUAAGCACAUGUGGCCGGCGGAUUUGCAGAGCAUCUACAAUCGUUUGAACAACUUGAAUACUGAACAUGGUUUUGCUGGUGGCUCACGUCCUUUCAUCUACCAAGAGGUCAUAGAUUUGGGCGGUGAGGCCAUCUCUAAAUACGAAUACACUGAUUUAGGUGUCGUCACGGAAUUUUCUCAUUCUGCCUCCAUUGGCAGGGUUUUCGGAGGCAACGAUCAACUUCGUUGGCUCACCAAUUGGGGUCCUCAAUGGGACUUCCUUCCUUCCGGUAGUGCUUUUAUAUUUGUGGAUAAUCACGAUAAUCAGCGAGGACAUGGUGCCGGGGGUUCUGAUAUUCUCACCUAUAAAAACUCCAAGAAGUAUAAAAUGGCAAACGCUUUCAUGUUGGCUCAUCCAUUUGGUAUACCACGUGUUAUGUCAUCCUUCGCUUUCGACAACAGUGAUCAGGGUCCCCCCACAACCGAUGGCCAUAAUAUCGCUAGUCCUAGUAUCAAUGCUGAUGAUACCUGUGGUAACGGUUGGGUAUGUGAACAUCGUUGGCGUCAAAUCUACAAUAUGGCUGCCUUCAGGAAUAUCGUGGCUGGAACGGAUUUACAGAGCUGGUGGGACAAUGGUAGCAAUCAAAUCGCUUUCUGUCGUGGCAAUAAGGGCUUCGUAGCAUUCAACAACGAUAACUACGACUUGAAUACCUCGCUGCAAACUUGUUUGCCGGCGGGCACUUAUUGCGACGUCAUCUCCGGCGCUAAAAGCGGUUCGAGCUGUACCGGAAAGUCGGUUGUCGUGGGCUCCGAUGGUCGUGCUAACAUUUCCAUUCGAGCAAGCGAAGAUGAUGGUGUCUUUGCCAUUCAUGUGGAAUCUAGGUUGUAAAUAGUAAUGGAAAGUUUUAACGAAAUAUAAGAAAUAU